GUACUCUUAUUUCUCCAUUCUGCCCUAAAAUCCCCAAUUUAUGAAGAUUUAGGGUUUUCGAUUUGGUCCCGGAGUUCAAUCUCCGUUCGAUCUGUUAGGAUUUCUUUGUUAGGGUACCAACCCUAGGAGUCUAGGACUAGGCUCCUAAGAUUCUCCGUCGGGUAUUGUGGGUGUAUUGAUCCAAUCACAGUCCUCAUCCCAGGAAUUGAGCCAUGAGUGAUCAAGAUGAGCUUCCGUUUGUGGGGAAUGUGAAUCAGGAGGAGUUUGUUUGUCCAUGGACAGUUAUAAUUAAGAAACCUUGUACCAGUGAUUUGGGUAAUGACAAUAAUUAUGUUGAAGAAUGUGGGAUGGGGUUACAUAGCCAGUUGGUAUUAAGACAUGGGUUUACACAUAUAAAAGUUUUUCCUCUAUGGAAUCAACUAGAUUAUUCAAUAAGUUUCCUGGUUAGAUUCAAGAAAGACUUGUCUGGUUUCCAUUAUGCAACAUCUUUGGCGAAAUCGUUUGAAUUGAGAGGUCGUGGAAAGAAGGAUUGGUUUGGAGAAGGUGAGAAGAUGAGUCGUCUUUAUGGAUGGAUGGCAGUAGAGGAUGAUUACAUGACUGAAGGUGUAAUUGGUGAAUGCUUGCGUAAAAUUGGGAAACUCCAAACAGUUGCCGGUAUUUUGUAUGAAGAGGUCAUGGAGAAAAAUCAGGUACUUAAAAAGAUUGAGUGCAUGUAUAAUGAGACCAGUUUAAGAUUCUCGAACCAGAUGGAUAAGAAUGAUAGACUUGAGCGGAAACACACCGAGGAGUUAAGAGAGAUGCAACAGGAGCACGAUGAAAUGAAGUCAGCAUUGGAUACUCAAAGGAAGGAACUCGAGUUUUGUAGAUCAGAAUUGGAAAAGCACAAGGCUGAGAUUGAAGCCGUGAAAAAAUAAUUUUGGAGAAAUCGAGGUUUGGACAACAUUGACACAUCUCUUAGAAAACUGACUUUAUAGAGGAUGGAUUGGCAGCUUGGAAGGUAGGAAAAUCUGGUUUUGGACUACUGUAGUUUUUGUUGUUUUGUUGGAACUCAGAUUUGAAGGUUUGUGUUUUAAGGUUUUGGUAUGUGAAAAACAUAAUAAAUUGAUAAAAUAAGACUUAUUUUUGUGUCCUCUGCUCUGGAUAUAGUUAA